AUGCCGGCUACACCCUUUCAGACAGAAGCGUGGAUAGAGUACGGCCUUGGCUGUGCUGUGCUCUUCCUUCGAUACUUUGCACGAUGGAGAACAGUCGGCUGGAAGGGCAUGCAGGGCGAUGAUUACUUUGCCUUUGCAUCUCUCAUCUUCUGGACAGCUGAACUUGUCAUGUUGGAGCUGAUCGGCCAGAACGGAACCAACAUUGGUGUUACCGACGAGAUGGGCGCCAAGAUGACGGACGCACAAAUAGCCAAGCUGGAGUUUGGAUCGAAAUGUCUGUUGGCGGGCUGGAACUUUUAUGUUACGCUCAUCUUUUGCUUGAAGGGAGUUAUGCUCUGCUUCUACACUCGAAUGACGCUUGGUUUGUGGCAGAGAAAGCUCGUCAUUUGGACACAGGUUGGCACCGUUCUCGCAUACGGAGGAGUCAUCACUGUCAUCUGGGCCCAUUGUACGCCCGUCCACAAGAAUUGGCAGGUGUAUCCAAACCCAGGAGACGCGUGUACUUUGGCUGUUGCCAACUAUCUUACUCUGGUGGUCCUCAACAUUGCAACUGAUCUAGUCAUUGUCUCGAUCCCGGUGCCUCUACUCUGGACGGUCAAGCUCAGCAUUAAGCGGAAGCUCAUAAUCGGAGUUCUUCUCUGCUCAGGCGUUUUCAUCAUGAUUGCAACUCUCCUCCGCUGCAUCCUGUCUCUUCGGGAUAUCCAAGGCAUCAACACGUCCACCAUCUGGGCCAUUCGAGAAACAUUCGUCGGCAUCAUCGCAGUCAACGCUGCCGCAAUCAAGCCCCUCUUCUCAGCCUCCCGAUGGCUCAUCUCCAGCAAGGGAAGCAGCCGCGACAAGGGAACAAGCAGCUACAUCAACAAGUACGGGCACCCACUGGGCACAAUCGGCGGAUCAGGCAUCGCAGCCGGCCUCUCAUCGAGCCGUCACCAAAAGAUGAUGACCCAGCUAGACGAUAACUCGAGCGAAGAACACAUUGUGGGAAAGGCAGACUUUGGUGGCUACAAGCACGAUAUCCGAGCCGGGAGCACGACGAGCGGGCAGAGCAGCAGCGGGCCGGAUGGCAUCGUCGUUACUCGGACGUACGAGGUCACUCCUGGCAAGUCGACCCUGGAUGUUUAA